AUGCUCAGCACCGCGCAGUAUGGCGCGUCGGAGAUCGUCGCCUUCGGACUGGAGCGCGAGCUGGAGUACAGGGGACACAUCACGCCAGCGGACCACCUGGUGCCCCUGCCGCGCCGGACCUUCGCGUCGGCGGACGCCAGGCAGAUCAGGGUGUGGGGCCCCGACGGCGACAUCACAAGGUACACGUUCCCGUCCGCCCGCCGGUCGAUGGUGACCGCCAUGGCGUAUUGCCCCGCCCACCAGGCUGUCCUCACCACCGAGCUCGACCUGACGGUGAAGGUGUAUGGCACGGAGAGGAUGGACCUCCUCGAGAAUUUCUCCCUGGAGCAGCUCCGGAAGCAGAGCGAGCGCAGGUCCGCUGCGGCCAGCGCGGGCAGCGCGAAGGUCGCCGCGCUGUGCUACCUGGAGAAGCACGGCUGGGUGCUCGUGGGCGGGGAGGGCGGCUGCGAGCUCUGGCGCCUGUACAAGUCGGUCGCCCGACGCGACACUGGCUCAACCGCCUUCCGCCUCGCGCUCGAUCUGGUGCGGGUCGUGACCAAGGAGCCCAUAUCCCGCGCCGUGGAGGCCCACACGCGGAUCCUGAUGUGGGGUCCGCGUUCGCUCCUCGUGUUCGACUCCGAGCUGGAGCCCAUAGUGAGCAUCGCCGAUCCGCACGCCGCCCACGUCUCCACCGCGUGCCUCAACCUGGUUUCCAGCUUGGACACGGAGCUUCUGAGCGGCGCCGAGGACGGGACCGUCAGGUCUUGGUCGGUGCACAUGAAGCCGAAGCUCCUCAAUGCCGCGGAUAGUGGCCAGGGAGAGGCCCGGGCGUCUGUCGAGUCCCGCCUGCAGCAUGAGUUCCACGCACACGCGCGACCGGUCGAGAUGGUAUCCUGGUACGACCGGCCCCAGAGAGGCCUGCGCCAGCGGCUCUUCGUCUCCUACGCGCGGGAUGGCAAGGUGAAGGUGUGGAGCCUCGAGGCCUUCGCGCUGGUCUACGCGCUGGACCUCAGCAUGCUCGACGCGACGGCCACGCUCUUCCCGGUCUCGCCGCACCACUUCGCCAUCAGCUCCGCGCAGGAAACCCCGGACGGCCUGGGGCAGUCCGCCAUUCUGACGCUGCUGCGCUUCAACGCCCACGUCGCGGCGCCCUUCGCCACGUCCAACCAGAGCCCCGUGGUCCUGCUGGCGCAGCCGCCGCUGUCUCCAGGAUUUCUCCGCCACGGCCGGCACUACUCGCCGGUGGCGCAGGGCGAAGGCGAUGCCGCGGUGCUCGUCUCCGAGGACACGGCCGUGCGCGUCGUGGGCAUGCAGGAGCCCAGCGCGGUGACGCCGGCGAGCCCCGCCGCGGGCAGCGGCGUCUUCGCCGGCGGCACCCAGUUCGCCAGGGCUACCUCUGUGGAGGGCGGUGGCCAGGGCUCCCCCAGCCCAAGCCACAGGGUCGCGCACCUCAUCUCGACUCUUCCCCCGCCGCCGAACUCGAAGGUGCACGUGCUCGGGGCGUUCCUGGUCCCCGUCUGGCAGCUGCUCGUGCUGUGGCUCAGCACCAAGGAGGUCGCCGUCUUCUUCGUCCCCGCGAUGUCGACGAGGCCGUCGAAGGCCAGGCAGUACGACAGCCCCACCGCCGGCCUCUUCGGGGGCAAGGAGGCCUCCAGUGACGCGUCCGCCCGCGUGAAGAGCGCCACCACCCCGCUGCUCCUGCGGAGGUUCGGCUCGCACGAGGUCCAGGCCAGGCUCCCAGACAAAGGCUUGCCCAGGGAGGCGUUCAGCAGUGUGGCGCUGCACCACGGGCCGCCGCCGGAGGAGUUCGACGGCGUCCUCGUCGCAGGCCUCACCGGCAAGAGGUCGCCGCCGCCUCGGAAGGACCCAGACGAGGUCGAGCCGGACUGGUUCCUGAUGGUCGGCACGGAUCUGGGGACGCUUCAGGCGUUCCGGCUCAGGGACAUGCUGGCGGCACUGCCCAUCUGGGAGCGCCUCGCAUCGCAGCUGCCGGCGGGGGCCUGGGGCUCCCCCGAGCUCGGCCGAGACGGUGCGGCGCGAGCUCAGCACUCUCCGGUGGAUGAGUGCGUCAACUUGGAGACGCCAGUGCCCCGGCCGAGCGGUCAACGGCCCUUCCCCCACGGUGCCGCCACCGUGAAGCUGCACGGCAGGUGGAAGUGCCACAAUUACACCGUGGAGGUGACGAGCGCCAUGGGCGGCCGCGCUCUCACGGUGGACGCGAAGCGGAACCUGAGGCUCUGGCGCCUGGAGGACAUGUCCCUGGUCUACAGCCACAGGCUCUGCAGUCACGUGUGCCACGCGCCCUUCGUGCGGCAGCCCCUGCGGUCGCAGGAGCUGGCGGUGCACGAGUCCGAGAAGAGGGCCAGCCUCGUGCUGUCGGGCCUGGCCUGCGGGAAGGCGAACGGCCACCUGGAGCUCGUCUCGGAGAGCGACGACGGCCCAGUGGUCCUCCAUUCCUCGGCAUCGCACUCCGAUGGGACGAUCGCGGUGGACUACCUGUGGCCGUCGAACAUCUUCGUCUCUGCUGGCAAGGACGACUCCAUCAAGAUCUGGUCCAGGGGCCUCGGGCUGCUGAGGGAGAUCCUCUUUCCCCAGGCCCUCACCGCCGUCGCGUUCCGGCGGCACCACUGCCUGGACCAGCAGCGGGGCCACGGCGACGUGCUCGUGGGCUUCGCCGCGCACGUCGAACAGAUACCGUUCGAGGUGUGGUCCCGUGGCAUCGUCAAGGCGCCGCUGGGGCCCCGAGACAAGGGCGCCCGGGCGGUGACCACGACCGCCCAGGACCUUCCGGCGGCGCCCGGCGCCGAGCACGCUGGCGAGGAGGAGGCCGUGGACAUGCCAGAAGAGCGUCGCCGCUCGGCGCUGCGCCAGCCGAGCGUGCCCCAGGCGCAGGAGAGCGAGCCGUCGUCCGCAGAGGAGGCGCCCCAGGAGGCGGCCGAGGCCCGCCGGCGCCGGGCGUAUUUCGCCGACUUCCGCGGCGACCCGGCCCUGCCGCACCUCGGCGCCCUCGUCGGCCAGAGCGCCGUCGCGAAGGCUCCGGUGGGAGGAGUUGCCCAGGGGCCCCGGGUGGAGGCCAAGGGGGUGCGGCACGCCGCAGUGGACGCGCCCGACCCCGGGGACUUCCAGGCCGUCACGAGGCGCGACGUGGGCUACUUCGACAAGGCCGUCGUCCCGAGCCCGGUGGUGGACGCCCGCAGGGCCGAGGCCAUCCGCGGCGCGGCAGACGAGCGGGGCGUCGCGCUCGUCACCUCUGUGGGCUCGCGCUACCUCAACGUGCCGCCGCCGCCCGAGGCUCCCGCGGCCGCGCGGGCCCGCGCGCCCGGCGCGCAGGAGCCCGCCGCGGGGCGCCCGCCCGUGCGCGACGAGCCUCGCGCAGACCCGCCGGCGCCCGGCCUGGUCGAGGAGGAGAUGCUCAGCCUGGGCCUGCUGGCCAUCGGCCCGGGCCAGCGCAGCCUCGCGGGCAGGGCGGCGGACCUGGGGCAGGAGUUCGAGAAGCUGCCGCUGCUGCCCGACUCGGACUCGGCCCCGCUGGGCCGCCCGGCUCUGCGGCGGGGCUCCACGCACCGCCUCUCCACCCUGCUGAGCGGCCUGGGCGCCGCCGGAGCCGCCAAGGCUCGGGCGAACCCGGGGGCGCUGCUGCUCUUCGGCCCGCAGGCGGGAGCGCCGCGGCCGCAGGCUGGCGAGGGCCGCCGGCGGAGCGCGGCCAAGCCCGACGCGCCCCCGCGCGCUCCGCCGCAGGGGCGGGCCGCCGCGGCGGCCCCAGGGCCCCCGCAGGCCGACGGCGCGGGCCGUAGGGCCAGCAACGCCAGCAGCGCGGGCCCAGGCAUGCCAUCGCCCGGCCCGCCGUCCCCGGGCGAGUCCACCGGCGAGGACACCGCCGAGGAGGAGAUGCGCAGCAGGCGGGCCGCGAGGGGCCUGCGGGGGGGCGGCGGGCGCGCGCGGGCGCCCAAGGCGCAGCACGUCGCCAACACGCCGGGCGACACCGCGCGCCUGCUGGAGGCGCGCGGCGCCGUGGAGGAGGCCCCGGAGGUCUCGGAGGAGAACUUCCUGAAGAGGAUGGUGGUUCAGAGGACCGAGUGGCUCUACCUGCCCGCGGGCCACGAGGCCCUGGAGCGGCAGAAGGCAGAGAGCCGCAGGCUGCAGCGGCGCCAGGGCUGCAGCGACGUAGAGCCUCAGGCGUGUUGGAGCCCUGCCGGGCGGAUGGUCAUGCAUGGCCACCUGGCCCCCACCAGCGCGUUGCCGGAUGGCAUUGUGCCGCAAGUGCCCGUGCAGCAGACGCGCCGGGCGCCCAUGACGCGCGGGGAGGUCACCGAGCAGCGCCUCAUCGAGUCUGCCAGGGCCGGGCCGCCGCUCUCGCAAGGAGCGCGCGUCGAGUCCUCUCGGCAUGAGCUGAUCCGACUGGGCAGGCUCGAGCUGGAGCACCGUGCGCCGCACUCUGCGCGCGCCUACACGGGCGCCGCGGAGUGGCUGCAGCGCGACCGCAGGAAAAGCACAGCCCGCGAGCUGGCUGCUGCUAAAGCAGGAUCAGCCGCCCUCGCCGCGAAGCUGGCUGCCGAGGCGCAGCGUGACAACAAGUGUGGUUCUGUGCAUGGCACUAGCGUCCGACUGAGUUUCAUGACGCUGGCUGGCUGGGCAGGCGGCGGUGCAUUGGGCGAGGGGGCGCCGGGCGCCGAGCCGCGGCAGCGCUCCACCAGGCCCGGGCGCGCCCCUCCGGGCGGUCCCGGCUCGCGUGCCCUGGCGCCCGCGGACCUCCUGGCGCACCUCCAGAACGUCUGGACCCGCGCCGGGCAACCCGACAUCUGGCGCAAAUUCAUCACCGCAGCCUUCCUGCCAGGCUCCCUCUCCCCUCACCUCGACCCCAGGAUCAACCGACCCGAGUUUGUCGGCGCUGUCGUGGACGGUUGGGAGUCGCUCCGGCUGAACGACUGGAUGACUCUCACGCUCUCGCAGCAGCGCGAGCUCGCCAAGCAGCUUGUCCAAGCACAGCCUGGGGACGGCCGCCGGGACGCCCUGUGGGGCGCACUCGUCGUUAGAAAGGAAGCGGGCGAGCACAGGGACGCGAAUAUGGGGGGGGCACUUGUCAGCUCGGAGGUGGACAUCCAGCUCGGCUUCUCGCGGCUGCUGGGCGCGGCGGAGGGCAUCGAAGCCGCCCAGCCGGGCGCCGCGGAGCACCUCGUGGCGCUGCUCGCGGGCGCGGUGGAGCGGGAGCUGCUCCCCGCCGAGUUCCUCAAGAGCGCACGCCGGCUCCGCUUCGGCGGUGAGCGCGGCGUCCAGGCGCCCGUGCCGGACGAGGUCCUGGAGUGCGGGCUCCUGGGCCUCGACGAGGCCGACCUGGGCCGCUGCUGCCCCGCGUGCGGCCGGUGGCGGCGCGCGGCCGAGGCGGACGCGCUGUGGCAGCCGCUGCUGCGGCGGAACUUCGCCGGGCGGCCGUACCGCACGCUGCUCACGGCCGAGGGUGUGGUCGCCUGGCUGGCGCGGGCGGACCGCGAGCGGGCGGCCGAGGAGGUCCUGGGCAGCCGGGGGCACCUGCGCGAGCUGCAGCGGUCACCGCGCCUGAAGGACCUGCUGCGGUACCUGCGCCACCGGCACAACGGGGUGGAGGUGGAGCUGCUCAGCGCGAAGCCCGCCCAGCCAUGGUUCAACGUUGGGCUCGUCAACGCGAGGCUGACGCUGGAGAUCGUCAACUUCUGGCCCCACUGCUCUACCCCUCUGCGAGAGAGGUGCCCCUCGAGGAGCCCGACGAGGGCGCCGCCCGCGGCGGCGACGUGGUGCUGGGCGGCUCGGCCCGGGUGCGCUGCUGGGAGGGCGCGGCGCUGCCGCGCGGGCGGCUGGGACCGGGCUGGGUCUUCCUCCUGGACUGCGGCGCCGCCGGCGAGCUCUUCCGGGUCCCGCGGCUGUCCAGCCUGGAGGUGGGCGCGCACCGUGCCGCGGGCCACGCCGAGGGCGGCGUCCUGCGCCUCGAGUUCGCCAUGGGCCGAUGGCCACAGGACGCGGGCGUGCCGCUGGCCGAGAGCUGCGCCGACGCCUUCCUGGACUCCACCCUGGGCGACGCCGCCUACUCGAUCGAGGACGGGGCGGCACCGGAGGGUCUCGACGCCGAGUGGCUCGAGGGCCGACCGCUACCCGGCGGCCUUUGCGUCCUUGGCCCUGCGCUGUACCGCACCGUCGUGGACCUGGACGUGG